AGUAUAAGAAGGCUCGUCAGGAGAUCAAGAAGAAGUCGUCCGACACCAUGAAGCUGCAGAAGAAAGCAAAGAAAGCUGAUGUAUUUGGUCGCGGGGACCUCCAGCCUCAGCUGGACAGCGCCAUGCAGGACGUCAGUGAUAAGUAUCUGUUGCUGGAGGAGACGGAGAAGCAGGCGGUGAGGAAGGCUCUGGUGGAGGAGAGGAGUCGCUUCUGCUGCUUCGUGUCGAUGCUGAGGCCUGUGGUGGAGGAGGAGAUGUCCAUGUUGGGGGAGAUCACUCACCUGCAGACGCUGACUGACGACCUGAAGGCCUUGACCAUGGACCCACACAAGCUGCCCGCCUCCAGCGAGCAGGUCAUCGUGGACCUGAAGAGCUCAGACUGUACCUGGUCAUACCAAACUCCGCCCUCAUCGCCGAGCACCACGGUAUCCAGGAAGUCCAGCAUGUGCAGCAGCCUGAACAGUGUGAACAGCAGCGACUCUCGCUCCAGCGGCUCACACUGCCACUCCCCCACCUCCCACUUCCGUUACCGCGCCUCCUCCUCCUCCUCCUCCUCGGUGCUCCCCCAGCAGACACCGGCCCGCCUCUCCUCGGUCUCCUCCCACGACUCUGGCUUCAUCUCCCAGGACGCCUUCCAGUCCAAAUCGCCUUCGCCGAUGCCUCCGGAAUCCUCACAGUCAUGCGUCUCUCCUUUACGCUGUCAGUCUGUCAAUGAGGAGUUUUCCUCCUCCUCAUCUUCCUCACCCUCGCACCAUGACCCUCGCUCUGCAACACAACAGUUGUCGAAUGGUUUUGACCAUCACGCUGCCCUCUGUCUGCACGGAGCGGCACCUCAGGCCCAGGACACCCACCUCCACCCUCCAUACUUCACCUCCUUCACCACCACCACCACCACCUCUCCCAUCUCCUCGCCCUCCUAUUCGUCUGUUUCUCCCACGUGGCCGUGGUCUCGUUCAGGCUCCGGCCAGUCAGGAGAGGUCCAGCCACUCAGCCCCCCGGGGCUGGGACUGGUCGCGUCAUCUCGAAUCCCGUCCUGGAAGGACUGGGCCAAACCAGGUCCCUACGACCAGCCGAUGGUCAACACCCUGAGGAGGAGCAAGGACAGGAGAGAGACUACAGAUCCCAGCAGCCACCAGGGCGCGGAUGUCACUACACCAGGGGAGGAGCUACAAGGGGUCAAAGGAAGCCACUCCCUGACAUCGCCCAAGGAGGACAGGGAGGUCCAUGAGGAGCUGGCCCGAGUUCUGGCCCGUGGUCUCCAGCUGGACAUCCACGGCUCCAGUAGAGACUCGCUGCAGGGCUCCAGCGGCUACAGCAGCCAGACCAACACACCGUGCUGCUCAGAGGACACCAUCCCCUCACAAGUCUCAGACUGUGACUACUACACGGUUGGAGUGGAUCAGGACAGCGAGCAGCAGUCGUCCGACUUCGAUAAAUCCUCCACCAUCCCCAGAAACAGUGACAUCAGUCAGUCGUACCGCCGCAUGUUUCAGUCCAAACGUCCUGCCUCCACCGCCGGCCUGCCCUCCAACCCCGCCGCUGUAAUCACCCCCGGAGUUGCCACCAUCCGACGGACGCCGUCCUCCAAACCUAACCUGCGUCGACCCUCCGGGGGCCUCAACCUGGGCCCCAUCCCCAUCAAGCCCCCCAUGAUCCCCGUCAAGACCCCCACUGUGCCUGACCAUCCCGGUUUCCCCAGCAGAGCGGUGUCAGAGGACAGCAACACACCGCGGACCCCUCUCAGCCCCGCGACCACACCUCUGUCACCAGGCAGCAACGGGCCGUUUUCGCCAAAGUCCUGCUCCUGUGACGCCCCGCACCUCUUAAAGGGGUCAGAUCCUCCAACCCCACCUCCGCAGCCCGGUGGGCGGGUGUCAGAGUGGGAGCGCCGGCCUCUCCCAGAGCUCCUGGAAGAGUCGGAAUACGGUGAGGUGGAGGACUUUCUGGUGGCCAUACGGCGAGGAGUCAAACUCAAGAAGACGACGACCAAUGACCGCUCAGCGCCGAUGAUUCACUGAGAGGAGAAGGCUUUGUUUGACUUGGGCCAUUUUGCGUCCCUGACGGAGUUUCAGUAAAUAUACUGUUAAAGGGACACAAAAUGGUUACUGUCGAGUAACAGCAAACGGAAAACUACGACGUCAAGUGAAUGUCAAGAAUAAGAAGUUGCCCAGAGACUCUGAUCAGAGUUUACAUACAUAUGCUCUCACUGUAGUUUGAACGUUUCUUCUCUGACACAAACUGAAGGCAAACGACUGUGUGGAAAAGCUAAAAUUCCUUUUCUGAAAAUGAAAUUCAUCGUGAACAUAAAACCUUCUGUAAAGUAUCAGACGUGUUCAGGCUGAGAAUUUCUCCACAGUCACAAAUUCUGUUGCUGGAGAAACAAACUGAAAACUUCUUCAAGUUAAAAAAUUCAAAUUGCGCUCGACUAAUUUCGGUAAAGUUCUGCUGUGAGUUUCCCACUGGGAUCAUUGGUCCGAGAUCAUUUCCUCAACUUCAGCACACGAGAGAAAAGGUGUGAGCGCUGUGAACGAGGUAAUUCUACUUGUAACAGAAGCGACUGAAACAAAACUAAAUUUGACUUUUAAUUUAAGAAAUGACGAUAGAUGAGAAGUAGAGAAAAACUCAAAGAGAUAAACAUGAACCAGAACAACGACGGAGUAUUUUCAAAAGAUCAGAAAAUGAUUUGUAUAUACAUAUUUAUAAUUUGACGUGUUUGUAUGUUUUUUUGUCAUAUGCUCCCUCUACACCCCAUAGUCUCCUCCCAUUUCCCGUUAAAGGUGCCAAAAGCCUUCGUGCUGAAUUUAACUUAAAUAUUCUCUAUUUAAUUGAAACGAUGCUGGAUUAGUUUUUCUGUAAAAACAUAGAUUUGGUGUUUGAUAGGGAAUAAAACAGCCUGGAAGAAAACACUGAGCUCCUAAUGAGCUGAGUGUUUGUAUAUGUAGGGUUAGCAGAAUGGAGAGUGGCAUAGAACCAUUUUAAUAGCAGCUAAGGUUUUUUUUUGUUGUUGCAGCCAUUAACAGCAGACACGCAGUAGAUUGAUCUGCAUGUUCUUUAAGGUUCGACCCCGGUUCAAACAAUCAGUGUGGCCCUUAAAUGAAACGUAGGAAUCGUUUAUAACGUCCGUGCAACAGGUGUAAGCAAAAGCGGAACUCAAAACGUGGAGGCCUACAACUUGCUAAAUUGACUGAAGAUCAAAUACUCUGAAGGAAUACUUAUUUGUUCAUUAUUUGGCUUUUUUAGACUUUUAUUUUCUGUGAGGCAACAAAUCAGGAGUAAACUCCACCAAUGAUAGCUCCUGCCGUUAAUCACUAUUUGUGAGUUUGUCAGUGUGUAGUUUGACCGCACACCGAACCUACCACCAGAGUAGCAACUGUACAGAGUGUGUUAGCGUACACUUUAACGUCCAUGGUAGUACUCGUGUUACUACAGGUUCCUUGGUACUACCUAGACGUAGUAUUUGGAGUAAUGUGGAUUAGUGUAUGGGUCUGUGGUAGUGAACCCUGUGAUCUAAUGGUGCGCUGUAUUUACCUGGCACAGAUGUACAGUUAUGGACUCUUCUUGUAAAGCUUUAGUAUUGGGGCAGUAUACUACAGUAACAGUACUUUCAUCCUGUCACACUCUUAUUAAAGGUACACUCCCUGACUUUGACUUAGCGUCGAAUA